UAAAGGCUGAGAUGUUAACAGUUCUCUGGGAUCUGUUUAUUGCUUUGUUCUCUGCUGAUUGUAAUGCCGUUCUUAAAGCUCUACAGCCCAUUUUUCAGGAGCAGGGAAUGACAGAAACAGUUCAUAACUGGGAAGAUCAUGGUUAUUUAGUAACCUACAUUAAAAAAAAUGGCAGCUUUGCCAAUUUGAGAAUUCACCCUCAUGGGCUGGUGUUGGUGGAUCUGCAGAGCUACAAUGAUGACAUGAAAGGAAGAGAAGAAGUUGAUCAGCUUCUAAACAAAGUAGAAGAAAGAAUGAAAGAAUUGUUUCAUGGUAACAUAAAAAGGGUGAAACGGUUGCCAGCCAUUUUGAGAGGAGGUGUCAUUGAUAGAUACUGGCCCACAGCUGAUGGCCGCCUGGUGGAGUAUGACAUAGAUGAAGUGGUUUAUGAUGAAGAUUCACCUUUUCAGAAUAUCAAAAUUCUGCAUUCCAAACAAUUUGGGAAUAUUCUUAUUCUCAGUGGGGAUGUUAAUCUGGCAGAAAGUGACCUGGCAUAUACUCAAGCCAUAAUGGGCAGUGGAAAGGAAGAUUACACUGGGAAAGAAGUGCUAAUCCUAGGAGGUGGUGAUGGAGGUAUACUAUAUGAGAUAGUCAAACUGAAGCCAAAGAUGGUUACUAUGGUAGAGAUUGACCAAAUGGUGAUUGACGGGUGUAAAAAACACAUGCGUAAAACGUGCGGAGAUGUCUUAGACAAUCUGAAAGGAGAGUGCUACCAGGUUCUAAUUGAAGACUGUAUUCCUGUACUGAAGAGGUAUGCCAAAGAAGGGAGAAUGUUUGAUUAUGUAAUUAAUGAUCUGACAGCUGUUCCAAUCUCUACAUCUCCAGAAGAAGAUUCCACAUGGGAAUUUCUACGGUUGAUUCUUGACCUCUCAAUGAAAGUUCUGAAACAAGAUGGAAAAUACUUUACACAGGGAAACUGUAUCAAUCUGACUGAUGCUUUGACUCUGUAUGAAGAACAGCUUAGCCGGCUUUAUUGUCCUGUGGAGUUUUCAAAAGAAACUGUGUGUGUUCCUUCGUACAUGGAAUUAUGGGUAUUCUACACGAUUUGGAAGAAACAGACUGGCAUCUGAACAUCAAGAUUAUUUGAGAUUAUCAUAAAUGUACAUGCUGCAUGGAGCGUAUAGGUCUGCCACAUGCUGCAUAUUGGCAUCUUGAACCUUUAAAUUAUAUGCUGUAGAUGGUCCUGAAACUUAGUCAUGCUAUUGAUUGUGAAUUCUUUAAAUGUUUUUUUUUAUUAUUAUUUUAAUUUAAAAGCAAAUGGAAAAUGUAUAUUUUGACAAGUUAGGGUGUUAUUUUUGAAAGUCAACUUAAAGAUGAAUAAGCAGCAAAACUAUAUAGCUGCUGUCUGCACUGAACCUUUAGAAUGUGAUCCUUUUUAUUUUUUUGUAGAUCUUCACAAGCUGGUUGAUUAAAAAAGACAUCUUUAGCAUUUCAUCCCUGAAGGGUGGUCCAUGGAGUUUUUUGUUUUUGUUUUUCCAACAGAUUUUUCAUUUAUGGUGCUUUUUAAAAAUGGGAGAGGGGUUUUUUGUGUGGUUUUGGUUUUUUGUUUUUUUUAAUGAACACUGCAGUGUUUCUGUAUAGAGAAGGGCAUAACUAAAAAGAAAAAAACUUGUGGGAGAUUACCCCAAGUCCUUUGUUGCAAGGGGUAGAAAGCCAGUCUUAAAUUUUUAUUUAACAUAGUUUCAUUCGUGAUUGGUAUAAUCUCUGCUGCAGAAGAAUCUUUGGCCUUUUACCUCCUGGAUUUUUUUAGUUGCUGCCAUAUUGAUUAUUUGGAUUGUGAUAUGUAUUUAGCAGUAGCUUUGGACUGAAGCAUGAAGAGCAAGGCUGGGUUUUCAUUCCCCCACAGUGCAAGAAAUUGAGUGUAAUGAGGUUCAUGUGGGCAUAUCUUCUCCCCAGCCUUACAGGAAGCACUAGAUUUUUGAGGUAAAGCUUUGCUUAGAGGAUAAAAAAAUGUGGAUGUGAUAUGAUCUAUCUUUGUGCACCUGUACUGAAUGUUUUGAAACAAGUUUGUGUGCUUCAGUAGAAUCAGUGGCUGUAUUGCCACAGAUGGUCCAUAUUGUAUGAGGCUCCUGCUCCAUUAAAUUCACUUGCAGUGUAAAAAUCAGUAGAAGUUGCAGUGCAUUGUAGUUCUGUUCUGCAAGAAGAUGCAUUUUUCUUUAGCAGUUUCUCAUGCUGUCAGAAGUUAUAUUUUUGUCAGAGUUUAUGCAUCAACUAAAAUAUUUCUGUUUAAAAAUCUCACUUGAGAGGAGGUAAUAAGGAUAUGACCAAUAUGUGCAUUUUUCACUUUUCUAAGGUAGAAUAAAAAGUGUACUAUUUCCCUAAACACUGAUCCUGAACAAUGAUAAUGUUUCAUUCAACAUUUUCUUAGUUUUAUUGGAGUGAGUUGAUUUGCCCUACCAAAAUACUGUUAAAGAAAAAAACAAAAGCUGUCCUUUAUGUUCUUAAACCAUACAUAAAGAAAAAUGUUAUUGCAUCCCACAUAUAUAAACUCUUCAUGAAAUCUGAGUAGUCUAUGCAGAAUUCCAGACUGAUACUAGAAAAUGUGCCAGAAUUUGCUUUUUCAUUGUUCUAUAAUUGGUCUAAAACUUAAAAUGUUUUCAGUUUGGAUAGCCAAUAGAAACAUUUUUCAGUCUUACUAUUUUAAAUUAUCUCAGUUAAUUCCCUAAUAUACACAGGGUGCAGUUCUUCCAUGGCCUACAGCUUGUGAAUCACUGAAUAAUCCCAAAGAACAGAGCUUCCCUCUAAAUAGAGUAAAGUUUCCUGUGUUUCCCUGAGUGUUCUAGCUCUGUUGUAGGCAUCUCAGAAAAUACUUUGAUAUUAUUACCUAUAAUCUAGUAGAGACUCUUCAUUUAUGAUCCAGGACUGCAAUCAGUUUGUUGUCUAGCAGCAGAUGAAUGCAGAUAUCCUGUAAACAGGUGUAUCCAUAACUUUGCAAGCAUGAAUAUUUCCAUUGGUUCUUAGUGUGAUUAUUCAUGUAGGUGAAAUGAAGCACACAGGGACAGAGCAUCUGUGUUCCUGGGUGAGCUUGGCAGAUGUAGAAAUCAGUCACAAGUGGGAGUGGUUUGGUUUGUAACUUGUGAGCUGGAAGAUGAUUUAAUCUGCUCAUGACACCAGAGCUUGCACUUCCCUUUAGCAGUGCUGCACAGGGAGCUGCUGGGUGUGCAGGGACGUCCUGUAAAGAUUCCCUGAAUGACAUGGGGACCUGAAUUGCAUAUUAAUAGCUGAGAGGCAGCAGUGCUUGCUAACUUUUCAACUAAUAGGGUAUGAAGAGAGUUGGAAGAUUUUGUUUUUCUUUAAUUUUUUUAAUGUAGUGUU